AUGUCUGCUAUUACUACUGCUACCAACGCUCAAAUUUCUGGUAAAUUAAUGAUGAGAAACAAGGAAGAAAAUAGGAUGGAAAAACUUAUUAAUUUGAUGAGUUUCGGAGACUUGUCCAAUUCUAUUAGAGAAUUUGUUCAAGGUGAAGAAGCAACCAGCUUUAAAGUCAAGGCAAUGGUUCCAUCAUCUGGUGAAAAGAAGAGAAAAACAAUUAUUAUUAAUGAUGAAAAUGAUUUUUCCGAAUUGAUGAAAUUAGUUAGCAAUCAACAAUUAUUGGAUAAGCCAAUUCUCCUUAGAUUAGUAAAUAAGAACAAGUUGAAUCUUGAAAAGAAGGAAAAGAGACAAAAAUACAUCAAGGAAAGACCUAAAUUGAGUGAAGAACAAACUCAAAUUCUUUCAGAAAAGAAGCAACAAGUUGAAACUUUGAACGAUGAAAUCAAGCUGAAGAAGGAACAAUUGAAAUCUAUCAAAUUUGAAAUGAAAUCUAUUAGAAAGUCAUCCAAAGAUCUCAAUUCUCCAACUGAAAAUGCUAACACUGUUCAAACUACAAUUGAGCCAACACCAACCAAAGAGGAAAAGCUCCAACUCAGACUUCAAAAGAAGGAAGAAAAGAAGGCAUUCAAAUUAGAAAAGAAAAUGCUCAAGGGUCAAAGAAAGCUCGAAAAGAUUGUCUUCAAAAAGCAAAAAGAGCAAGAAAUCACCAUUCAACCACCUGUUGAUACUGCAACUGUCACAACUCAAGUUACUGAACCAUCAGCUCCAGUUAGCGUAACUGUUGAGCCAGUUAUUACUGAACAAGUUCAAGUUGCUGAAGUUACAAUUACCCAGGAGAGUGCUCCAAUUUCUGAUGAAAACCUUUUGUUGAAACUCCAAAAGAAAGAACAAAAGAUUGCCUUGAAAAUGGAAAAGAAGCUUGAAAAGCAAAUGGUCAAAGCUCAAAGAAAAUUGGAAAGACAAAGUCAAAAGCAAGAGAGAAAGGAAAGAAAAUUGUUAGAAAAGCAACAAGUUUCCACUCCUGCUCAAAAUUAA